ACUCUUUCUGUUUCUGAUCUCCAUCCACUGUUUCACUUUGAUUUCACUUCAGCUCGGAAGAAGGACCCAUUUCUUCCAAUUCAUCUUUCUUUCCGAACUAGGGUUAGGGUUUUAGUGAGAAAUGGGUAGCCCGAAGAAGAACGAAAGCAAGGGCUUUUUUGCCUCCGUAUCUUCUAGCUUCUCCGUUUUCAGCAACGCUAUGCACCGAUCCGUCAAUGGACUUUUGGGAUAUGAAGGUGUAGAAGUCAUAAAUCCAGAGGGAGGUAAAGAAGAUGCAGAGGAAGAAGCUCAGAGGGGAAGAUGGAAGCAGGAGGAUAGAGAUAGUUAUUGGAAGAUGAUGCAGAAAUAUAUUGGCGCAGAUGUAACAUCAAUGGUGACACUACCAGUUAUUAUCUUUGAGCCAAUGACUAUGCUUCAGAAAAUGGCAGAGUUGAUGGAGUACUCCUACUUGUUGGAUCGGGCUGAUGAAUCAGAGGAUCCAUACAUGCGGUUGGUAUAUGCAUCAUCAUGGGCUAUAUCUGUGUACUUUGCGUACCAGCGAACAUGGAAGCCUUUCAAUCCAAUCCUUGGAGAGACUUAUGAAUUGGUUAACCAUGGUGGAAUUACAUUUCUUGCAGAACAGGUGAGUCAUCAUCCCCCAAUGAGUGCUGGGCAUGCUGAGAAUGACCAUUUUGCAUAUGAUGUGACUUCAAAGUUAAAAACAAAGUUUUUGGGAAAUUCUGUUGAUGUUUAUCCUGUUGGAAGAACACGAGUGACCCUCAAGAGAGAUGGUGUUGUCUUAGAUUUGGUGCCUCCACCUACAAAAGUUAACAACUUGAUAUUUGGCCGGACUUGGGUUGAUUCACCCGGGGAAAUGAUAAUGACAAAUUUAACAACAGGAGACAAAGCUGUACUGUACUUUCAACCCUGUGGUUGGUUUGGUGCUGGUCGCUAUGAAGUUGAUGGAUAUAUUUACAAUUCUUCUGAGGAGCCUAAAAUAUUAAUGACUGGGAAAUGGAAUGAAUCACUGAGUUGCCAACCUUGUGACCCAGAAGGAGAGCCUCUACCAAACACGGAAAUGAAAGAGGUUUGGCAUGUUGCUGAUGUUCCACCAAAUGAUAAAUUCCAGUACACACAUUUUGCCCACAAAAUAAACAGCUUUGACACUGCCCCCAAAAAGUUGCUGGCAUCAGACUCUCGUUUACGCCCAGAUAGAUAUGCACUUGAGUUGGGUGAUCUGUCGAAAGCUGGAACAGAGAAAACCAGCUUGGAGGAGAGGCAGCGAGCUGAAAAGAGAGCCCGAGAAGCAAACGGGCAUAACUUCACACCAAGAUGGUUUGAUCUAACUGAAGAGGUGACAACAACUCCAUGGGGAGAAUUGGAAAUCUACCAGUAUAAUGGUAAAUAUUCCGAACACCGGGCUUCUAUCGAUAACUCUGGCAGCAUUGAUAAUGUUGAUGUUAAAUCAACUGAAUUCAAUCCAUGGCAAUAUGGUAACUUGUCCACAGAGUGAACAAGUUCCAAAACGCUUUUGGUUCUUGGAUGCUACCAAAGUUGUUGUAACUUCCUCUUCAUACAUGGAAGAAAUCAUGAGUAUUUUGGUUUUCUUGUUGGCUUGUGUACAUUGUAUCUUAAGUUCUGUUCUGCCUUAACUGAACUUAAUAUUUUAAUUGAGAUAUAGAGUUUUAAUUGUGA